AUGGCUGGCGGAUUGGAUCGUCGUGGCUUUGGUGAAAUCCGAGGCGACUGGAGCCGAGAAUACAACCAUGAUACAACGAACCGGACCAACCAGACGGACUCGCAGACUGCGACUUUGGACAGCGCACUCCAGCUGUGGAGUGUGCUCCAGCAGGUGGCGCUGGCGUUGGCCGUUGCCGAGGAGGCGCUCCAGUUCGAACACCGCAACCUACACGCGGGUCACGUGCUGGUCAAGAGGACGCACGACGAUACCUGCCGCUUCCGCGUCGGAGGCCGUGACAUCGUGCUCAACACGCGUGGCCUCAGAGCCCACGUGACCGGAUACGGACUGGCUCGCAUGACAGGCGCAGGGAACGGGCCCCUCUAUACAAAGCCUUCUAAUAUAUACGAGGCUUCGAAAGACCACGGACUUCUCUUCGUCUACAGAAACAUGGUAACCAUUACAAGAGACGAGUGGGGCGGCUUCCACCCGCUGACCAACCUGCUGUACGUGCUGCACCUGGCCGAGCAGCUGCACCGGCGGUACCGGCGCCGGUUCGGCGACUCGCAGCCCGUCUGGUCCGAAGUGGACCGCUGGCGGAACCGGCUGCUGCACUACGCCUCGCUCGGCCGGUUCGUGGAGGACCACUUCAAGGCCGGGCCGUGA